AUGUGGGAAAGUAAAAAGGAGGAAAUAGUAAAUAUUUUAUUUACUAUGUUUUUAGUAUUAAUACAACAGAUUUCUUUAUUAUAUAUAAUAUCAAAUUAUACAAAAAAUUAUCACUAUUUUAUAUUUUUAGUUGUUGAUUUAUUUUUGUGUUUAUAUAUUGUAUGUAGUGUUUAUGAUAAUAACAAUGCAGGAGUAAAGAUUUCUAUUCAAUGGAUGAUUUAUAUGAUGACUUUAAGUAUGAAAAUGAUAAUUUUUUCCUUUUUUAUUAAAGAUUCUAGAAAAUAUACAAAUAAUAAUACUUUUUUAUUAUAUUUAAGUAAUGACGUAUUAGUUUAUAAUUUAAUUUAUAUGACUCCUUUUAUUUAUUUACUUUUUUCAUUAAGAAGUAGAAAUAUUUUAGAAAAUAUAUUAGAUAACAAAAUUAUUAAUGAAAAUAUAUUAAGUGUUGAUGUUAAUAUAAUUAAUUUAUUUGAUCUCAUUGAUUUGAUAUUUAUGUAUUCUCAUUUAACGAGUAUAUACAAAAUAGUAACGGAUUUUGAAUUUUAUAAUUUUCAGAACACAUAUAUAAUGUUGAUUAUUGUAAUUGUUGCUUUAGUUUUAUUUGGUUUUUACUUUCCUAUUUACACAAAUAUAGAAAAAUCAUAUUCCUAUGAUGAAACAGCUAAUUUACUUAUUAAAAAGAAAAAUCACAAAAUAUAUGAAGGUAACAAUAGUAGCAGUGAAAACUUUUAUUUUUCUUCUAAUUCAGUUUCUACACAUCCUACAAAAUCACAUGCAAAAAAAAAUUCAUAUCUUUUUAAUAAAACAAAUAUAAAAUCUUUUAAGGAAAACAAAAUAACAAAUUUUGCCGAUCCUUUAGAUAAUAAUAUAAAAAGUAACAUUAAUAAAUCUUUCUCCACCUAUACAUCUAUAGAUACUAUUGAAACAACAUUUUCUUCAUCAGAUUUUUCAAAAAAUUUUUCUUCUAAAAGUUUGUCAACUUCAUCUUCAUACUUUUCAUUGUCUUCUUCCCCGUCUGUGUCAUCUUAUUUGUCUCCUUUUUUUUCCUUUACAUCUAAAAAUUACAAAAAUAAAAUGAACAAAUCUGAUGAUAGAAAAUAUAAAGAUGUAUAUACAGAUGUUUAUAUUACAGCUAAGUUCCAUUUCAUAAUUGGAUUUUUCUUAAUAGAUAUUCCUUUUUUCAUAUAUAGUUAUAAAAAUUCAUUAAGUAAUGAUUUUGAUGAUAAUUUGUAUUUAAACGAUGAAGAAAAUAACAAUAAUAACAAUAGUUAUAAUAAUCAAUAUAAUAAUAUUAUUAGUAAAACAACCAAAAAUAAUAAAACAUUAAUACCAACUAAGAAAGAAAAAAGAGAAAUGAAAAGGAAUAUAAGAAAAAAAAAAAGGACUUUCUUAGAUUUAAUUUAUAAAUUAAAAUAUAAAAGAGAAAUGCCUGUUUAUAGUUUUAAAAUCAAAGAUCAUAUAUUAUCUUUUUAUAAUUUUACAUGUAAAAGAUUUAAUAAUGCAAAUUUUGUUUAUUUUGAUGAUAAAUUGGUUUUUCCUUAUUUUACUAAUUUGCGAUUUAUGCUAGUAAUUUUACUUGAUUACUUUUUAAAAAUUGGUUUUACGUUAUUUUUUAUUGUAAUUUUAUUAAAUAAGCAUACAGUUAUACAUGAUAAAAACUUAAUUUAUAUACAUGAUAUUCCUCUGAAAAAUACUUCAGAAAAAAUUUUAACAUUUCCUUAUAGCUUUGAUUUAAUGAAUUAUCCUAAUCUUGAAUUACCAACAAAUUCUAUAAAUAUCUAUUAUAUAAAUAAGGAUAUGGAAAAUGAUACGAAAUUAAGAAAUAAAAACAAUGAGCCUAAAGGAUAUAUUAAAUUAGAAUUACUUGAUAAUAUAUUUAAAUUAAAUUGGAAUGAAAUAUAUAUAGUAGAUAAAUUUUGUUUAUGUACAUGUGUUGCCUAUUUAAUUAUAAAUUUUCUUUUACUUAUGAGAUCAUCUACUUUUUUUGAUAUUUUAUAUGUUUCUAUAUUUAAUGUAGUUCGACAUUUAUCCUUUUAUUUUUCCUUAAAACAAUUUAUUUUAUUUUUUUUUAUGUUUAAUGGAAAUAUUUAUAAUAGAUAUUAUAUAUAUUAUGAAAAAAAUAUAAGAAAGUUAAAUUAUCAUUUUGAAUAUUUAUUUUUAUUAUUUUUUAAUAUUCAACAUUUUAUAUCUUUAAUCAAGCAUCUUUCUCUCUUUUUUCGUAUAUUGUUUAAUUUCAGAUAUGUUUAUUAUUAUAGACAACCAAAAGGAUCUAAAGAAAAUAAAAAGGAUGAGUUAAGAUAUUCUGUAAGUGUUUACAUUUUAUAUCUUUUAUGCAAAUAUUCAUAUGCACCAGUUAAUUUAAACUCAUUACUAUUUGGAAAUAAUAUCUUAAAUAAUGUUAUAUUAAUUGAUAAUAUAAAUAAUUUUACAUGGGUAAACAUAUUAAGUAUUAUAUUAUUUAAAAGUGUACAAAUAUUAAUAACUAAAGCAGAUUAUUUUUUAAUUGGUUUGUUUAUUCUACACAUCCUUUUAUAUAUUAUUUACGCUAUUCAUACUCAAAUUCUUAGAUAUAUAAUUCUUAGAAAAAUUGAAAUUCUUUUUGUUUUUAAACAUAUAUUAAUAUCUAAAUAUAAAGGAAUACAAUUAGUCCCUGAUAAAAAUUCUCCAUAUGUUACUUGUGCAGAUAUUUUAAAGUAUUACUCAGAAGAAGGUUUUUUCUCUUCUGAAAGUAAUAUGAUACCAAAUUUUAUAUAA